UCUAACGCUGUUGCGCUCCACUGUGGCAUACAAACCUAAUCCCCACCUUGACGUCGAGGGAUCUGACGAACAUGACGCAGACGCAUGCCAAACUUCUACUGUUCAGAAGCAAGUAGCUGAAUGUGUACUCGAGAUGGGACAGAGAGAUCAUACUAGAGGUCACGCUAGCGCCAAGGGGUGGUGGGCCGGUGUACGACCGGAGGAGACUUCAGAGUUUUGUCAUUUCCUAUCUAUACCCUCGGACGCUAUAACGAUCCCUCGUGCUCGUCUUUUGGAAAUUGCAUAUAAUCUCCGCGUCACUAUAAGCGCAGGUCCCAUAGCUUCGAAUAUACACGUCGUACUUCCAAUCCGCAUAAUCAACUUUCUCUCUAUCGAUCCGCCACCUAGUUUUCCUCGUGAAGACCAAGCGAUACUCGACUUUCUCGGCCAGAAACCCCCUCCAGAAAUAGACGAAAUUCCCAAUACUGAUGUGCCUUUUACUCUCAAUGGGAGGGUGUUGGAGCCACUUUCGGAAGAUGAUGCAGCUGACGCUGAGACGUCGCGGUUCUUCCCAAUCAUCCAUUUCCGAGGAUGUGACUACUACUAAUGAUGAUAUCCACCCUACACAACUCGGUAAUGCGACAGCUUGCGAUGAUGAUGACAGUUUUGUUCAACAAGCUGUCACUUCAUUGAAAGUCGACAUCAAGUAUGGAGAAUGUGGUGGUCGCUUCGCGGACUUGUACUACUCCACAGAAGAGGUUUCACUACCCCUCCCUUCCAGUGACGCCGCCGAAACUUACACUCCACGUCCUGCAAGCCCCAAAGAAUACCGUCUCUCUUCACCUCAUUCCAGUACUAGCUCAGGCGUAUCUGAGUCCGACCUGGCUCGACCGAGAUCUGCCCGCCCCCGAGGCCCUUCUUCUUUUGCGGAACGAGUUCAGCAGAAGCUGCAGGCCAAAGACGACAAUCAGCUCCUACAAAGGAAUGAUAGUCAGAUUAAUCGAGAACGGGGAGCUGAUGAAUCGGCCUCGUUUGUGAGCGCCCCUCCCAAUGCAUCUCAGGAGCCCUCUGUUGGCCAGAGCAACUUAUACAGGAGUAAACGGACCUCUUCGCAAGCCGGAGGCACCGCAAUGGCUCGCCAAAGAAGUUCCACUGCAGGAUCUUAUUUUCGUCCUCGGGAAGAAAUACCGGACGAAGUCGAGGUUUUGGAUGAGGAAGGUGGCGAUGAAUCUCCAUCACGAUCUCCAUUCGCCGAAAUCACUCGGAAGGCUAGCGCGUUAUCUUCCUUGACUACUGGUGGAUCAAAGGCGAGCUCUCGGAUGCUCCCGAAUAUUCCCUCUAGCAGAAAUACUGGUCUCCCUCCUCAAUCUGGAGGCAGUGUGCUGAUGAGGGACGGCGCUGUCGAUGGAGUCCCCCCUCGAGUGGUUCCAACGGGAGCUUCGGAUACUAUAGGUGUUACUUCGAUACAUCCGGAUCACCAAAUGGAUAUUGUUCCUGAACAUUCUACUCAGAUACCCUACAAAAAUACCCGAACGAAAUCAUCUACACCUAUCACAGGCCGAGCUAGAUCACAUACGCUGGCGGCUCCUCCAUCUGAUAGGGAACGCCCGGUCAGCAUCGACCAAUCUCCGUUGAAAUUUUCCGUAGGGGGAAAUUCAGUCAAAGACCGGAUCAGGAUGCUAGAAGAGAAAGCCAGAGCAGAAGAAAGGCUAGAAAAUCUCAAAGUUUAAAUUCCAAUCAAGAUGUCCUCCUGUAGCCUCAUUCAUCUGGUUUAGGCUUCGCCUAACAUCCUGAUGAUACUUUAUAUUCUUGUGAAUUAUCUGACUCUACAGUUAUGGUUUUAUGUCGUUUAUACAUGACACGGAUUUGAACGUAUACUAUAGUUUCUCCGAUUUGGAGCUAGAAAGCACAAUGAAAGCACGAUGACAAUAGCGAUUUGAUCUAGAACGUAUGAAGAUGCGAG